AUGACUACUCAAGAGAGAGAUGAUAUAAAAUCAAAUUGUUUAUUACAAAAUUCAAAAUAUAAUUCAAGCGUUGUUAUUAAUAAAACAAUAGAAGGUUCAGCAGUCUCAAAUAAUAUAAAUGAAAUUAAAAAAAAAAAUGAUUCAUUUAAGAAAUUUGAUUUUACAUUAUUUAACAAAAACAAUGCCAUUUCUGCUGAAAAAAAGCGUGAAUAUUGGCGCAAAAAUAGUAAAAUGCACUUGGAAAAGUCUGUUGUAGCUUUAGAUAUAGUACAUGAUGGUAUUCAUUGGAUGAAUGAAAAUAAAAAUCUAUUGAAUUGCAAUUAUACAGAAGUUGAGCCAUUAAACAAUAAGGACAGUAUAUCUUUUCUUAAUGAAAAGGCACCUGAUAAUAUGGGUUAUAGUAAUAAUAUCAAAUAUGACAAUUGUUGUGAAAGAGAAAAUUCUUUGAAAUUUGGUUCUUUACCAAAUCAAAAGUAUGAACUACCAUUGAUACCAUCUAAUGUAAUAACAUCUGAUGAAAAAAAAAAAAAUUCUGAGAAACAAUCUAAUGAAAAAAAUGAAAGCAAACUACCUAGAAAAGAAGGUAUAAUAUUAACAAGAGAAAAUAAAGACAAUGAAAAAAAAUUAAAUAAUCGUAUUUUGACAACACUUGAGGCAGGAUUAGAUUUAAAAGUUAUUGACUGUUCACCUGAUGGUAAAUAUUUUCAAUUUAACGAAGAAAUUGGUAACGGAUCAUUAAAAAAAGUUUAUAAAGGUUAUGAUAAAAAUUCAAAAAUUUAUGUUGCAUGGUGUGAAACAAAAAAUAAUUUAUUUCCAGACAAAAUUAAAAAAAUUAGAGAAGAGAUAUAUAUACUUAGUUUAUUAUCUCAUCAAAAUAUUCUUCCAUUAUUAAAUUAUUGGGAAUAUAAAAUUGAGGGUGUCAUAGAGACAAAUAUUGUAAUGAUUACGGAAUAUUUUGAUAAUGGUUCUUUAAAAAAUUAUAUAACAUCUUUGGAAUUUGUAUCAAAAAGUUCUAUAAAAACAUGGGGAAAACAAAUUUUAAAUGGUUUAAAAUAUCUUCAUACUCAUGAUCCAGUUAUUCUUCAUCGUGAUUUAAAAUGUGAUAAUAUUCUUUAUGAUAAAAGAAGUGAUAUUGUUAAAAUUUGUGAUCUUGGAUUAACUGCAUUUAAGGGCAAUUCUAUAGAUCAAUCAGUCAAUGGUACACCUGAAUUUAUGGCACCAGAAAUGUUUAGUGGAAAAUAUGAUGAAGGUGUUGAUAUAUAUGCUUUUGGGAUGUGUUUAUUGGAAAUGGUUACAGGUGAAUAUCCAUAUCAAGAAUGUCGCAAGCCAAAUGAAUUAAUUCACUUGGUAACUAGAAAUAUUAAACCACUUUGUUUGUUUAGGAUUAAAAAUAUAUAUGAUGAUGUCAAAAUUAUUAUUGAAAGAUGUAUUCGUAAUAGACGAAAUGAAAGAUGGGAAAUCGAUGAAAUUUUACAAGAUCAAUUUUUCUUUGAUUAUCAAAAUUAUGAUAUCAAAAUUAAAGCAUGUUGUUAUGAAGAAUAUCUUUUAUCUGAUGAAACGAUAUUGACAUUGGAAAUUAGUGAUAUUUCAAAUAAAAGUAGAAAGAAAUAUUUAGAAUCACCUACAAUCAUUUCACUUUGUACAUUUGAUUGGGAAAAUGAAAAGUGUAUUGAAGUAGCAAAUCGUUUGAUAAAAGAUUUUGAUAUUGAUAUUAAGUUAAAGCAUCAAAUAAUAUUACAACUUGAAAGGUAUAUAAAAAUUGCAAAAAUACACCAAAAAUAUAGAAAAAUAGAAAAAGAAAAUGAAGAAAUGAAUAAUGGUUGUGAAGAAUUUUACGUUGAUAAUAAAUUUAAAAUUAAUGAAAAAAAAUCAAAUUAUGGUAUGAAGACUGAUCGUGUUAUUCCUAUACUUUCUCCUGCAUUUUUUAGAAUAUUAAAAGAAUGGAAAGUAGAUGAUAAAUUUGUUAAUGAUAAAAAUGCACAAUUUGUAAUUGUUAAAGUAAUUAAAACAAUUAGUAUAGAUGACAGAAUAUUUCAUACUCUUUUUACUUAUAAGAAACAACAAGCACUUAUUAUUUCAACUGUUAAAUCAUGUGUUCCAGAGAGAGUUGUAAAAUCACUCGUUAAUACUAAGGUAAUUAAUAAAACUUCUAGUGGAAAAAUUGUUUUAAUUUUGAAAGCUAUUAUUUCAAAGAUUGAAAAUUUGCCAACAAAAUGUUUACCAAUUAAAAUAAGAUAUUCAUUUGAAGAUAAUUCAAUAAAACAAGAACAAAUAAAAUUUAUAAAAAAUAUAAAAAAUAAAGUCAAUAAAAAAAUGCUUUCAUUAGAAAGUAUUAGUGAGGAUAAUUUAUUACAAGAAUCAUUUGUUAUUCCAGCUUUUAAACAAAAUAUAGAGAAAGAAAAACAUGUCAUUUGGAAUAUUUUUACUGAGGGUAAAUUAAAUUUAUCAGUAAAUGAAUUAAAAAAUAAAAUAUCUUAUGAAGAUGGAAAUUUUUCUAAUGAAAAAAGUAUCAUUGCAAUGUUAUUUGAAGAAUUUACACCCAAUUUAUUUUCUUCAAAUCCAUAUUGUAUAAAAUUUGACAGGGAUAAUAUUUCUCAUCACAUUAUAACAAAUAAUUAUGAAACAUUUUUUAAUGUAUUUAACAAAGAUUUUGGUAAAUUCAUUAAAGAAUGUCAAAUUCUUGAUACGAUAACAGUUAUGAACAUAGAAAAUAAAAUAAACAAUUAUUAUACAUGUAUAAAAUUAACACAAAAACGUUCUUUGACAAUGACAAAAUCACAAACAUAUACUGAACCUUCAAUUCAAAAUAAUACUAAUAAUAAUAAUAAUGUUAAUAUUGAAAAUAAUAUUAAAAAAACACUAAAAAAAGCAGCUCCAAAAAAUUUUAAAAUUUCUAAAGUUUAUUUAGAAAAUGAUGGAAAUUUGGAAGCAAAUUCUAGACAACGUUCCAUUACUGUUUGUGCUCCUAGUACAAUUGAAAUAUCUCAACAAUUAGAUAUUAUUAAUAAAAAAAGUUUUGAUGAAAAGGCAAAAAUAUUAUCUAUUGAAAAUGAUAUCAACAAUGAAGAAAAUUUAGAUACUUUUGAUGAGACUUUUUCUACUUUUAGAACGAGAAGAAAAUCAUUUAUUCAUGAUAAUAUAUAUGACUUUAAAAUAACAAAAGAUGAUUUAAUCAAUGAAUAUCAAUUUUUUGCUGAUACAAAAACUCCUGAUUAUUCAAAAAAUAAAAAAGAAAAUACUUUAGACAAACAUUUUGUAAAAUCUCCAACAAUUGAUAUUUCACAUUUUAAUGAAUUAAAUGAUAAAAAAAUAUGUAUUAAUGAUACUACAACAUUAAAUAGUUUUUCAAACAAAUUAAAUGAAAGAGAAAAAAAAGAUAGUAAAAUAACUACAUUAAGUGAAAAUAAACCGGAAAAUAAUAUUGAUACAUCACAUAUAAUUAUAAAUGAUGAACCAAAAGAACAUACUUUUAGUGUUAUUAAACUUCAAAGAAAUACAUCAAUAACUGAACAAUUUGAAGAUAAAAGUUUUUAUGAAGAAAAAUGUACGAUUGCUAAAAAUAAGAUAUUAUAUAAAGCUAAUUCUCUUAAAAGUGAAUGUAAUUUUGUUGAUGAAGAAACAAUCUUUAAGAAAAAAAAAGUACUCGAAUUUAGUAAAAGAUUAGCAGAGUUACUUAAUAAUGAGGAAGUAACUCAAAAUAACCCAUCAAUAAAUAGUAUUGAAGAUAACAACUUUAAUGAUAAUAAGAAAAAUAUUAAUGUGUCAGAGAAAAAAUUCAUUUAA